AUGGGGCCUUGCUGUGCCCUGUGGGUGGUGCUCACCCUGCUGAAAGGCCUGAAGGGCCAAACCCCAAACACCCCGCCAGGCAUUACCUCUGUGUUACAGAGCUUCCAAGAAGACCAGUUCCAGGGGGAAUGGUUUGUUGUCGGCUUAGCGGGCAGCACCCACAGGAAGACGGACAGGUUCCUGUUGAACCCAUUCAUUGCAACGUUCGAGCAAAAUGAAAACAGUCGCCUUGAAGUGUCAUAUGCCAUGACCCGGGGCCACCGCUGCGUCACCUGGUCUUAUGUGCUGGUUCCGGCGGCGCGGCCUGGGAGAUUCUGGGUGGACAGCAGAGAGGAGCCCGAGGAGGUCCAGGUGUACGACACGGACUACAGCGUGUUCGCGCUGAUGCUCUUCCGAAGACAGUCAGGUGGCCAGAGUAUUCUCAGGGUCAACCUGCUAUGCAGGAUGUGGAUGAUCCAGACCCAGGUGCUGGACAAAUUUGUCUGCCUGGUCAGAGCUCUGGGCCUGUCGGAUAACAACAUCGUCUUCCCAGACCUGACAGAUCGGUCACCCCAUCUGGGUACCUGCUGAAGAUGAACGCAGCUCCUCCCCAGCCAAGGCCUCUGCUCUCAGCAUGGAAUAAAUCCUGUGUCGGGAUCCAGGAGUACCUGGAGCCAUCAUGACCUUGGGGUGGUAGGGGAGGCACGAAGUAGGGGAGGACCCUCUGUACACACUCAUGCCCACCCCCAGCCCUCCAGGCCUGUGCUCACCCUCCGGCCUCCCGGGGUGUGUCUGUGAGUGUGAGUGUGGGUGUUUGCAGGUCCUUGUGGGUCCCAGGACAAGACCCCUCCCUCCUGCCCACUCAGCCCCCAGCUCCACCUCCCCACCCCCCAGAGCCCUGGAGCUGCCAUGGGGGUGCAGCUGGGGCCCCAGAACAGGAGCAGGCCUAGAUGCAGAUGCCCCAGCCUGGAGGGCAGGGUAGGGGGAGACAGGUUUGGCUUCCUGCCGUGUGGGGGGUGGUGGGGGACAAGCUUCCGAGGCCUGACCCCCACUGGGUGUAGGGACUCUUCAGGUACGGAGAGCCACAACCUGGGAUCCCAGCCGUCUGCACACCUCCUUGUGCAGGGCAGCUGCUCUGCCCCAGACAGGACCCGUCUCCCCCCAUCCUGGCCCUCAGGGAUCUCCAAGCCCAGGGCCUGCCGGGAAGCUGGCCCCACCAGAGAUCAAAGAACAUCUAGAGAGACCUCUUGCUGUGUGCCAGAUUGCAUUUCUUUGGCCUGAGUGGAUCCCCCCAAUCUGGGCCUGUCCCUCCCUCAGGGCCCUGGGCCCCCCAGUCUGGGCCUGUCCCUCCC